AAUUGUAAAAUGAGUUAAAACUUCGAGAGUACCACUCCACUUCUGUUCUGAUUCUGUAUAUCAAGUGGAGUAGUACAAAGAAUUUCGAGAAAUCUUUGGAAUAUAUAUUUCUCUACCCAAUUUAGUAGUAUUCGUGUUGUUUUGACUCUUUCUUUUUCUAGUGGUGACCAAAGGAAAACACUAAAAUGAAGGUUCACGAGACCCGAUCUCAAGCGCACACAGCAAGUGAAAAGAGGAAGAUGACAAGGAAGCGGAAGGCAGAAACUAAGAGCCAAGAUUCUGCCUCACCAAAGAAGGCAAAAACAGAGGAAGAUAAUGGCCAAGAAGGUGAAGAAUCGAUGGUCGAUAUCAGAGUUGAGUUUGAGAAGUUUUGUAAGGCUAUAGCUGAGCAUCUUUCCAUCAAGCAAAUGCGCGAAAUUCUUGAAGCGAAUGGCCAAUAUUCUUCCUGUGACGAUGAUGCUGUUGUUCCUAGAUGUCAAGACAUAAUGUUCUACGGGCCACUGGACAACUGUCCCAUUUGUGGUGGCAUGUUGGAAUGCUCUGGCGACCGUUAUCACUGUGUUGGAGAUUAUAGUGAGUGGUCGAGUUGUAUUUACAGCACGAGGGAACCACUUCGAAGAGAAGACUCUCUUAGAUUCCCUAAAUCUGUUGAAAGUACUCCAGUCUCUGAUCUGAUCAAGAAACAUGGAGACCCGAAGAAGAACCGCCCGCCAAAGAAAUAUUCUGCCCCAGAGAAACCAUUUGAUGGGAUGAUGAUAUCUCUAGCCGGUUGUCUUACACGAACCCAUCAAUACUGGAAAUCGAAAAUCGAGAAAUAUGGUGGAAAAGUGAACAACUCUGUCAUUGGGGUGACUUGCUUGGUAGUUUCUCCAGCUGAGCGAGAUCGUGGGGGCUCAUCUAAAGUAGCUGAAGCUGUGGAGAGGAGUAUACCAGUUGUGAGGGAGGCUUGGUUGAGUGACAGUAUUGAAAAGGAACAAGCCCAGCCGUUAGAUGCAUACGACAUCGCCAGUGACAUUGCUGUAGAAGGUAGAGGUAUUCCACUUGAUAAGAUGGAUCCAAGUGAGGAGGCACUCGAAACCAUAACAGCUGAGCUAAAAGUUUUUGGAAAGAGAGGGGUGCACAAAGACACUAAGAUGCAGGAUGAAGGCGCAAGAAUAUUGGAGAAAGAUGGAUUAUUGUAUAAUUGUGCACUGUCUGUUUGCAACCAAAAGAACCAAAUCAAUAAUUUCUGCAUUAUGCAACUUAUCAUGUCGCCGGAGAAUUGUUUGCACAUGUACUGUAAAAAGGGCAGAAUUGGUGAUAGCAUAAGAGCAGAUGACAAGCUAGAGGAAUGGGAAGAUGUCGACGAUGCGAUUAAGGAGUUUGCUAGGCUCUUCCAAGAGCUAACUGGAAAUGAGUUCGAAUCCUGGGAAAGGGAAAAAAAGAUUCAGAAGAAACAUCACAAGUUUUUCCCUAUCGAUGUCGAUGAUGGGGUGGAGGUUAGGCAUGGAGCGCUCGGCCUAAGGCAACUCGGUUCUUCUGCUGCACAUAGUAAGCUUGACCCAAUGGUAGCAAAUUUCAUGAAAGUCCUUUGCAGUCAGGAGAUCUACAGGUAUGCUUUAAUGGAGCUGGGACAUGAUUCACCCGAAGUUCCCAUCGGAAUGCUUACUGAUCUUCAUUUGAAAAGAUGUGAAGAAACUCUAUUGUAUUUUGUGGAAAAAGUAAAAUCGGUGAAGGAAACAGGGCAGGAAGCAGAGGGUGUUUGGUAUGACUUCAGCCAAAGAUGGUUUACUCUCAUGCCAUCUAUAAGGCCUUUUACUUUCAGGGACUACACCGAUCUCGCCGAGCAUGCUGCAUCUGCCUAUGAAACUAUUCGGGACGUCAAUUUUGCGUCGCGCAUUAUUCAGGACAUGUCUGGCUCUACACUCGAUGAUCCUCUCUUCGAGCGUUACAAGAAACUCGGCUGUAUUGUUUCUCCUUUAGAGAAAGAGUCAGAUGACUACAAAAUGAUAGUGAACUACGUCGAGAAAACUUACGAACCGAUCAGCGUCGGAGAAAUGAGCUAUGGGGUAUCAGUUGAGAAUAUAUUUGCUGUUGAAGUUAGUUCUUGCCCUUCCCUUGAUGACAUCAAGAAAUUACCAAACAAAGUUCUUCUCUGGUGUGGUACAAGGAGUUCAAAUCUUUUGAGGCACUUGCAGAAAGGUUUCUUACCUUCAGUUUGUUCACUUCCUGUAUCAGGAUACAUGUUCGGAAGAGCCGUUGUUUGUUCGGAUGCUGCAGCAGAAGCUGCCAGAUAUGGUUUCACAGCUAUAGACAGACCAGAAGGUUUCUUGGUAUUAGCUGUUGCUUCACUAGGAGAAGAAGUUAAGGAAUUCUCUAAUCCUCCAGAGGAUACUAAAGCACUGGAAGAAAAGAAAAUUGGAGUAAAAGGACUUGGAAGGAAGAAAACUGAUGAGAAAGAGCAUUUUGUUUGGAAGGAUGAUAUUAAAGUACCUUGUGGUAGGCUGAUUCCAUCAGAACACAAGGAUAGUGUCCUCGAGUACAACGAAUAUGCCGUCUAUGAUCCACAGCAGGUGAGCAUAAAGUACUUGGUGGCGGUGAAAUUCGACAAGCAAGGUGUAGUAUAUGAUACAUCUGAAGCAUAGCAAUGAAGGAAAAUGGAGCAGGGAAUUGUUGUACAUCCAUAUUUUGCCUAUUCUCCUGUAUUCGCUACGGACUUUGGGAGUAGUUUGUUUUGCUGUAGUUAAGAAGGCAAUCACUGUGUUUUGUGUAUGUUGUUCAUACUUUUCUUAUGUGGUAGAUGUUGAUCUUCUGCUCUUUUUUGUUACUUCAGCCAAGUAUGAUCUCUGUUGUAAUGUUACUAUGUCUGAACAUUAUUUUUCUCCUUUGCUUUGAAGUUCCUGUUCAUAUGUUA